AUGGAAGCUGAAGAGGAAGGGGCUAAAAAACUGUCAGAAGUAAACUUUGAAAACUUACCUCCCAACUACCAUAAUGAGUCCAACACAGAGACCAGAAUUGGUAAUCACACUGUUCAGACGCAUCAAGAAAUUGAUAAGGUUACAGAUAACAAAACUGGAUCAACCGUUUUUUCUGAGACAGUUAUUACAUCUAUAAAAGAUGGAGAAAACAAAAGAAACCAUGAGUGUAUCAUUGACGAAGACUGUGAAACAGGGAAAUAUUGCCAGUUCUCCACCUUUGAAUACAAGUGCCAGCUCUGUAAAACCCAGCAUACACCCUGCUCGCGGGAUGUCGAAUGCUGCGGAGACCAGCUUUGCGUUUGGGGCGAGUGCAGGAAAUCCACUUCCAAAGGAGAGAACGGCACCAUUUGUGAGAACCAACUUGACUGCAACCCUGGAAUGUGCUGUGCUUUUCAGAAAGAACUACUGUUUCCGGUGUGCACUCCAUUACCUGAAGAAGGUGAACCCUGCCAUGAUCCUUCAAACAGACUUCUCAACCUGAUCACCUGGGAGCUGGAACCUGAUGGAGUACUUGAGCGAUGCCCAUGUGCCAGUGGCUUGAUCUGCCAACCUCAGAGCCACAGCACUACAUCUGUGUGUGAACUGUCUGCCAAUGAGACCAAGAAUAAUGAAAAAGAAGAUCCUUUAAUCAUGGAUGAGAUGCCAUUUCUCAGCCUGAUACCCAGAGAUAUUCUUUCUGAUUAUGAAGAAAGCAGUGUCAUUCAGGAAGUACGUAAAGAAUUAGAAAGUCUGGAGGACCAAGUAGGUUUGAAGCCUGAGCCUGACUCAGCUCAUGAGCUGUUUUUGGAAGAUGAAAUUUAAAGUCUAAACACCAGACAGUUUAGUUAGUUAUUUCUAGAAAUUUUUGUCUAGUGUCUUGCUUAUAUAAACCCUAAACACAUACCUGCUGGAUAGAAGUGCAAUAAACAAGGUCUGCAACGAGCAUCCUUUUCUGUGCACCAAACUGCAUGUUGAAUUCAU